CGGCAGAGACGGCGGCGGCACUCGCCAUCCCCGGCCAAGCCCUGUUCUGCCUCCUCCCUCCCUCGAUCCGUGCCAUGGCCGCCGCCCAGAACCGUGAGUCAUGACCAAACAGGCACUGGGCGGGCACCGGAGGGAGCGCACGCUGGCCCGGGGCGGUGCUUCAGCGACCGGAGCGCGCCCGUCAGCCGCGCUGGCGCGAGUGGAUCCGGCGGCCAUUGUCAUGCGCACAUCCACUUCCUCGUCGCUGACAAGGCGACGAUGGAAAGAGCUGCUACUGCCGCCGCACUCGACCACGUUGAUGCUCCUCUGCUUCUUCUCCAUGAACUAUGGCGCCGCGUCCCUGUCCACUCUGUCAAAGACAAGCAGCAGCAGCAGCAGCAGCACGCCGCAACUCGAUGUACGUACACGCUACACAUACACAAGCUAGCCAAGGCAACACACGCGGAAACAGAUCGAUUCCGCCGAGACACGUACGCACGUGAAAAGAGAUCGAUUCAAGCUACAAAUCCGCUAUGGAGAGGCAGCGGUGACGACCGUGAGCAGCCGACGGCGGGGAGCAACAGCACGGGGUGGGGAGCAGCACGACCCACGUCACCGACCGCAUCUGGUAUUCCGGCGGCGCGGCCACUGAAGACUAGAGGAGAGCGGCGCGAGGAGGUCGCCAUCAGCAGAGGGCGCCAGUGUACUAGUUCAUCGGCUUUUUGAGAAUCGGCUGACACUGGUGAAACUAGCACAAAGGCUAUUUUGGUCCACUGAUUUAUGUACACAUUGUGUCAAUCGUUUAGAAGUAUUGUUUUUGUGUGUAAAAGUGGCAAAAGAUCAAAGUUCAAAGUAAAAAGUCGCAG